AGUGAGCCUCCCCUCCCACGGCCCCACCCCGCAGGCCCCAGGUGGUGGACGAAUCCCGUGCGGGCGGCGGGCGUUCACGACGCGGUGGAGGGUGGACGGCCGCCGGUCGCCCGCGAGGCACGGUCCGCUCCAGCUUCGCGUGCGGCAGCGGCAGGGCAGGGCAGGGCAGGCAGCCGCGGGGGGUCCUGAUCCUGGGGUCUGGCACUGGCAGGCACGCGUCGUGCGUGCAACAUGCGAUGCUGCCAGCGACAGUGGUCCCUUGCUCCUCGGCGCGGGCGCGGGCGCGAGCGGAACGUUCAGGCAGGGCCCCCCCGGCCCCGACCCGGCGGCAUGUCGACCAAGGAACAUCAUCCGGCCAGAGUGGCAGCCUUGGGGUGGUGUGGUGUGGUGGCCUCAUCACUGCCUCAGCUCGUCGCACGGUGCAUGCACGAUGGAUCGCGAGAUGACUGAUUGGCCUGGCCGAACUGAUUGGCCCUAGCUUUCCGUGCCUCGGCCGGCCUCUUGCGUGCAGGCGGGUGUGCAGUCUACUCCGGCCGUGAUUACCUUGUCUUACCGGUAGUACGUACUAUGUACUAUGUCAUUUAUUAUCAUGUCGUGCUUAAUUGGACGGGCGGUCGCAGCUGGUCCUGGUCGGCUCUGCUGGCGAUUCGUUCGCCGUCCUUUUGCAGCGACGAACACGUUUGCACGGCAACCCAAGCCUUUUUA